AACAAAGAGGAACAGAAAUCAGGUUCCCGCCAGCUUCUCUUGGUUUUUGAUGGUCGUCUUCUUCUCCUUAUAACACUCCCCAAAACGCUCUCUUUCUGUUUCCAAGUAAAAAAAAAAAAAAAAACAAAGAUAGUUUCUCCACCAUCAUAAUGGAAUCUCAAUCGAGAUCUAUCCACAAUAAACGCUGGAUGGCAAUGAUUCCGGCGCUUCUCUUCCUGUCUCUGAUCCACGGCGUUCACUGCUUCUACCUUCCCGGCGUCGCCCCCGAGGACUUCCAAAAGGGAGAUCCUUUGAAAGUGAAAGUGAACAAAUUGACGUCUAUAAAGACACAACUUCCUUACUCCUAUUAUUCGCUUCCUUUUUGUACACCAGAAAAGAUAGUGGACAGUGCGGAGAAUCUUGGGGAAGUGCUUCGUGGUGACCGUAUUGAAAACUCUCCUUACGCAUUUACAAUGCAAGAGCCACAAUUGUGUACUGUUCUUUGCCGGAUUAUGAUUGAUGCCAAAACUGCAAAGCAGUUUAAAGAGAAGGUUGACGAUGAAUAUCGAGUCAACAUGAUCCUGGAUAACCUUCCCCUUGUUGUCCCUAUUAAAAGAUUAGAUCAGGCUUCUAAUACUGUUUAUCAGCUUGGCUACCAUAUUGGGCUUAAAGGCCAAUAUGCCGGGAACAAGGAGGAAAAAUAUUUCAUUCACAACCAUUUGGCAUUUACGGUCAAGUAUCAUAGGGAUCUGCAAACUGGCUCCUCUAGAAUUGUGGGAUUUGAGGUUAAACCAUACAGUAUUAAACAUGAAUACGAGGGGAAAUGGAGUGAGAAAACUCGUUUAACAACAUGUGACCCCCAUAUGAAACGCAUGGUAGUUAAUUCUAACACUCCUCUAGAAGUUGAAGUAAACAAGGAAAUUAUAUUCAGCUAUGAUGUUGAGUACCAGGAGAGUGAUGUGAAGUGGGCAUCUAGAUGGGAUUCGUAUCUUUUAAUGAGUGAUGACCAAAUACACUGGUUCUCAAUUGUCAACUCUUUGAUGAUUGUCCUUUUCCUUACGGGCAUGGUAGCUAUGAUUAUGCUAAGAACACUUUACCGUGACAUUUCUAAGUAUAAUGAGCUUGAGACCCAGGAAGAAGCCUUAGAAGAGACAGGUUGGAAGCUCGUACAUGGUGAUGUUUUCAGGCCUCCGUCUAAUUCUGAUCUACUCUGUGUUUAUGUUGGCACUGGUGUUCAAUUUUUGGGCAUGGUACUUGUUACCAUGAUCUUUGCCGUUCUUGGAUUUCUUUCCCCUUCAAACAGAGGUGGUCUCAUGACAGCUAUGCUCUUACUUUGGGUUUCCAUGGGCAUUUUUGCUGGCUAUGCCUCUACCAAUCUAUACAAAAUGUUUAAAGGAGCAGAGUGGAAGAAAAUAGCUGCCAAGACUGCAUUCAUGUUCCCAGCCAUUGUCUUCGUUAUCUUUUUUGUUCUAAAUGCUCUCAUAUGGGGCCAGAAGUCUUCUGGGGCUGUACCAUUUGGAACUAUGUUUGCUUUGGUCUUCCUAUGGUUUGGAAUUUCAGUUCCACUUGUUAUCGUGGGCGGUUAUGUUGGCUUCAAGAAGCCAGCAAUGGAGGAUCCUGUGAAGACGAAUAAAAUCCCAAGGCAAAUACCUGAGCAGGCUUGGUACAUGAACCCAAUCUUCUCCAUUCUGAUCGGAGGAAUACUUCCAUUUGGAGCUGUUUUCAUCGAACUGUUCUUCAUUCUUACCUCAAUCUGGCUGAAUCAGUUUUACUACAUGUUUGGUUUCCUGUUCUUGGUCUUCAUUAUCCUCCUUAUCACUUGCGCUGAAAUAACCAUCGUGCUUUGCUACUUCCAGUUAUGCAGUGAAGAUUACAAGUGGUGGUGGAGGUCAUAUCUCACAUCCGGCUCCUCGGCCCUGUACCUAUUCCUCUAUGCUGCAUUCUACUUUUUCACCAAGCUGGAGAUCACUAAGCUUGUUUCUGGCCUCCUAUACUUUGGAUACAUGUUAAUUGCUUCAUAUGCAUUUUUUGUGCUAACCGGCACCAUUGGAUUUUAUGCGUGCUUUUGCUUCACAAGGCUUAUCUACUCAUCUCUCAAGAUCGAUUAAUGUGUAUAAAACAGGUCAUAUGCUUUAUGCUGUUGUUGCCUCCAACCAACAUUGUCUUAUAGGUAAGAUUCAAAGAUUAAGAUAUCUUCAUGCUUUCAGUUUCAGAUGUAAAACUUUAUUCGCAGUUUUGAAAUCUGAGUUCAUUUUUAAAACUGAUUAUAGAAUACCUUUUUUUCCCUCA